AUGAGACCAAUUUUACUCUCAGGCCACGAGCGUGCACUUACACAGGUCAAGUUCUCCAAGGAAGGCGAUCUCCUCUUCUCCGUCUCGAAGGACCAUGUCAUCUGCGCGUGGUACAGCGCAAAUGGCGAGCGAUUCGGCGCAUACAAGGGCCAUCAGGGUGCCCUCUGGACCGUCGAUGUCGACCCGACCACCACGUUGCUAGCGAGCGGAGGAGCCGACAACACAAUCAGACUGUGGGACGUCAAGACGGGCAAGCUGCUGAAGACCUGGGAGUUUGGCACCGCGAUCAAGAGGGUGGAGUUCUCGGAGGAUGGCAAGCAGCUGCUGGGAGUGACGGAGAAGCGUGCGGGACAACUCAGCACAAUCAUCGUCUACGACAUCAACACCGAAGAGCUUGAGAACCAGCCAGAGGAGCAGAGUCUGCGCAUCGUGGUGGACGACAUUCCCAAGGUCACGGUCGCCGGCUUCUCGUACCUCAACAAGUUCCUCAUCUCCGGUCACGAGGAUGGUAGUGUUUCCCAGUUUGACGCCAAGACUGGUGAGGAGCUCAACCACACAUACCCGCACGAGGAGAACUCGCCCGUCACCGAUCUGCAGUGGAGCCAGGACCGAACAUACUUCAUCACAUCCUCGAAGGACAAGACCGCCAAGCUCAUCGAUGCGAAGACACUCGAUGUCCUCAAGACCUACGUCGCCGACACACCACUCAACAGCGCAGCCAUCACACCUGAGCCAACACAAUACGUAAUCCUCGGUGGUGGACAGGCAGCCAUGGACGUCACCACAACUUCCGCUAGGCAAGGAAAGUUCGAGGCACGAUUCUACCACAAGAUCUUCGAGGAGGAAAUCGGCAGAGUAAGAGGUCACUUCGGUCCUCUCAACUACGUUGCAGUCGACCCGACCGGAAAGUGCUACGCAAGUGGUGGCGAGGAUGGUUACGUGCGUGUGCACCAUUUCGACCCACCGUACUUCGACUUCAAGUUCGAGGUCGAGCGCGAGCGGGAACGAGCUGGUCUCUAG